AUUGAAAUUUCUGCCCAUAUAAUUAACUACAUUCUUUUCAGAAUAGCUCACAAUUUCCAUCCUGUUAUUCUUUCCUCAUUGUAUUAGUCUAUCGUUUAGACAAGAAAAUUCCUAGGUGGGUUCUGCGUAAAAUUUCACAAAAUCAGAAAUUUUAAGGAAUUCACUCAAAAUUUCAAUCAAAUUCAGAGUUAUCCCAUCUGGGUUUCGUCUAUAAGAUCAGGAUUUAGUUCAAAUCCAUCAUCAAAGCACAAAAAGUUUCUAUCAUUUUGUCAUUCGCUUUAAAAAUCGCACAAAAUAUAAAAUGAGCGAAUCACCGAAUAUAGGCGACGCAAAUGUGAUUGAGGUCUCGGGGAAGAUGAUACUGAUGACUAUAACAGUCAUCAUCUUCCUUGUAGUCUGUGUCUUUUGCGGACACCUUUAUGCCAAAUGGGUCUGGAACCGCCGCCGAGAGAACAGCACCACAGGGCCGGGCAACCAAGUAACGGCCUUGCGUAGUGGUCUCGAUCCCACUAUCCUCAGAACCAUACCUGUAGUAAUAUAUUAUCCCAAUGAGUUCAAAGAUGGAUUGGAAUGUGCAGUGUGUCUUUCUGAGGUCUCACAAGGGGAAAAAACCAGGUUUCUACCAAAAUGCAAUCAUGGGUUUCAUAUGGAUUGCAUUGAUAUGUGGUUCCAAUCUCAUUCCACUUGUCCUCUUUGUCGAGACUUUAUUUCGAAUCCUAGUAAUCCUGAAGACACUGUAAUUCAAACCCCAAUUGAAGAAAAUUCAGGCCAACCACCAAAUAUUCCCACCAAUGUGUUGUUCUGGGGUAAUGAGACUCAAGUUAGUACAUUUGGACCUUGUUUAGAGGAUGGCACUGCUUCGUCUCAACCCCCUUGCUCGUCGACAAACGGGAUGCUUGUGAUUGACAUUCCAAGACAGAUUAACGAAGAGGAAGAUGAAAAAUCGCCAGUCCCUUCGCGUUUGAAAAGGCUUCUGAGUGGUAGUAUGAAGUUCAACCCUUGGAGUCCUAGAAAUGAGGAUAUGGUACGAGAAAGUAGCAGUCAGAGUUGAUAUCCUCAUCCAAAUGUCUCCAUGUAAUUAUACACAAAUUUUUCAGUAGGGGAGUGUGAUACUGCAGUUAAAGAUCCUCUCUUUUUUAAUUGUAAAAUAUAUAUUUUUUACCAUUAUUUUAUAAUUCCAGUAAUAUUUCUAAUUUUUCCUCCA